AUGGCUGAGGUCCUUGUGAAUGUUCUAGACAAAACACUAUCACAAAACCCUGAAGAUCAAAAGAGGGCAUUGGAGUUUUUAAAUAAUGCGUCAGCACAAGAUUUUCCCACCUUUGUCAAAGAACUGAGUUUUAUUCUCAAAGCUCCUCAAGUAAAUAAUUUUAUCCGUAAAGCUGCCGGUUUACAAUUGAAAAAUGUUUUAUCAGCUAAAGAAGAAGAGACAAAACACCUCUACUUACAAAGAUGGCUUCAAUUACCUGCUGAUGUGCGGCAAAUUAUCAAAACCAAUGUAAUGGAGACUUUGGGAACAGAAACAUCUAGACCAUCCACUGCGGCUCAAUGUGCGGCAGCCAUCGCAUGCGCCGAGAUCCCUUCCAAUUUAUGGCCGGAAGUUAUAACUCGGCUUAUGGGUAAUGUCACUGAUGCUCAGAGUAGUGAAAGUUUGAAAGAGUCAUCGUUGGAAACAUUAGGUUAUAUCUGCCAAGAUAUUGAACCGCAGGUUUUGGAAUCUCAAGCGAAUUCUAUCCUUACAGCUAUUGUAAAUGGAAUGAAGAAAGAAGAGCCUUCUAAUCAUGUUCGUUUAGCUGCUACAACUGCCUUAUUAAACGCACUAGAAUUCACACAUAGCAAUUUCCAAAAUGAGUCUGAACGACACAUCAUUAUGCAAGUAAUUUGUGAAACUACUCAAGUAGAAGAUAUUCAAGUCAAAGUAGCCGCUUUACAAUGUUUAGUUCGCAUCAUGACGCUCUACUAUCAGCUAAUGGAAACUUACAUGAGAGCUCUCUACCCUAUCACGGUCCAAGCGAUGAAGAGCGAAGAAGACAAUGUGGCUCUUCAAGGAAUUGAGUUCUGGUCUAAUGUCUGUGAAGAGGAGAUAGCGCUGGCUGUGGAAGCUGAAGAAGCUGAAGAGAACAACAAAGCUCCGGAAAGAGUAUCUCGCCAUUAUGCUAAAGGUGCGACACCUCAUUUGUGUCCUCUUCUGUUGGAAACUCUUGCCAAGCAAGAAGAAGGUGAUGAUGAUGACGAUUGGACUCCAUGCAAAGCUGCUGGUGUAUGCAUUAUGUUACUGGCUCAAUGUGUGGGAGACCAUAUUCUCGAUUCUGUCGUUCCGUUCUUCCCUAACUUCACCAACCCUAACUGGAGAUACAAGGACGCAGCUAUCAUGGCAUUCGGUUCCAUAUUGGACGGUCCUGAUUCAGCCAAGCUUCAGCCAUUAGUGGAACAAGCUUUGCCAUUGCUGAUUGAUGCUAUGAAUGAUCCAACUGUAACUGUUAGAGAUUCUACAGCAUGGACAAUUGGUCGAAUUCUUGACGUUUGUCCUGAAAUCGCUAGCAAUGAAAAUCUCAUUCGUGCACUUCUUCCAGUUUUUAGUUCCGGAUUAGGUCAGGAACCCAGAGUUGCCGCCAAUGUCUGUUGGGCUUUGGUAUCUUUAGUCAAGGCAGUGUAUCACUGUGCAGUCAAUAAUGGAACUGAUAGUACUGGACAACCUGAUACUUAUGCUCUUUCCUUCUGUUUCCAAGCAAUGGUUGAUGAGUUAAUUAAAACAACUGACAGACCAGAUAGUAAUCAAUCUAACCUUCGUUUGGCCGCUUUUGAAACUCUUAUGGAGUUGAUUAAGAACUCUCCAAAAGAUUGCUAUCCUGCUGUUCAGAAUACAACCAUCAUUAUGUUGAAAAAGUUAGAACAGCUUUUGAGCAUGGAACAAGCUGCUACAAAUAUUAGUGAUAAAUCUGCUGUUGUUGAUCUCCAAUCGCUUCUUUGUGCUACUUUGCAAUCAGUCCUCCGGAAAAUGAGUUCUGAGGAUGCAACAGUUAUUUCUGAUCAUAUCAUGAACGGUUUGAUUACUAUCAUGAGUCGAGCCAACGGUAAAAGUGGUAGUGUUAUGGAGGAAGCCUUGCUUGCUGUUGCCGCUUUAGCAGAAUCAUUAGGAGCCAACUUUUCUAAAUAUGUUCAAGCCCUUAGUCCGUUUAUCGUUCAAUCUCUUGGUACAUAUGAAGAACCCCAGGUCUGUAUUGCUGGGGCUGGUUUGGUCGUAGAUGUCUGUCGUGCUCUUGCUCAAAAUAUUGAAGCCAUUGCUCCUUUCCUAGAUACCAUCAUGGAACGUUUGGUCAUUUCCCUAACGGAAAGAACAUUCAGUCAAGACGCUAAAGUACAAAUCUUAGGAAACUUUGGUGACAUUGCUCUUGCUAUUGGCAAUUACUUUGAGAGAUAUAUUGAACACGUUUCUAAGCUUUUGAGAGAGGCCGCAAGUGCCAUGGUUGUUGAUCCUAAUGAUGAAGCUCAAGUGGAUUAUGUUGAUUCUUUGAGAGAUAAUGUUGUCAGUUCUUAUGUUGGAAUUCUUCAAUCCAUGGUACCAGAUGGUGCAGAUAAGGAUGAUCAGAAGAAGGAACAAGCUCAACAAAAUGUCAGCCGUUAUCUCCAGGAUAUCACUGAUCUCAUCACCAAAAUCUGUGACCAGAAACCUGAGCCAUCAGAAUCCUUAUUAGGAACUGUCACAGGAUUGAUCGGAGAUCUCAUAAGCUUGUAUGGAGGCCAAAUCCUGUCUUUGCUCGGCAAUGAGAAGAUCGCCGGGCUACUGCAAAGAACAAGAAAGUGUAAAUCGUCUAAGAACAGAUCGCUAGCCAAUUGGGCUUUAAGGGAGUUGCGAAAAGCCAGCAAUCAAGGAUCUAACUAA